CUAGUCCACACAAAACUAAUUUCCCUUCCCUCCCAGCAACUGUGAGUGUGACCACACAAGCGUGCGUAUCUGAGGAGGCUCUGAAGAUGGUCAGCAGUGCCAGAACAGACCACGAAUGAAAGGUGCCUGCUCUUCCCCACUUUAUUUUCUCAGUCAAGAGUGUUGGAGACACAGCUAUAUUCAGUGUUGUCCAAAAAUGAUGGAAAGAACUGCACUACUGGCUAUCUACUGUCUGCUGAUGCCUAUAUCUGCUUCGCCUCUGUAUCCAUCAUUGAAGUUUGGACAGAGGGCCACAUCUAUCUUACUGAGCUCCACAGUAGAACAUCCACUGCAGCUCCCAAACACUGACUACAGCUCCUCUCAGACACGGGAAUCCAUGUUCAGAGCUGGAAGACAUGCUGAUGCCAUCUUCACAAAUAGCUACAGGAAGGUAUUGGGUCAGAUCUCAGCCAGGAAGCUUCUACAGUCCGUCAUGGGUAAGAGAAUUGGCAGGCAGGACACAGAGCAGCACUUUGAGAAACGGCAGUCAGAUAUUCAAGAGGCACCCUUCAAACAGCAACUCAGUGCCACCCAGAAAGAGGAGAGGCAACCGGACACUCAUAGGCUCAGGAAUUUCCGGGUCCCAUGGUCUUGAGGGAAGCAGCCACUUCAGUUCUCUCCAUAGCUAUAAACACAGAACAUCAACUGAUCUACACUGUCCAACACAGAUUGAACGGCUAUUCUUUUGUAUGCACUUCAAAGACUUGUGCUGAAUGUAUAAAUAUUGCACUGAAUAAAUACUAUAUACUAAACAAAUACAAGUUUAUGUCUAUUUUUUAGGACUUACAGCAACAUUACAUUAAGCAGAACACAAAACACAUGAAUUACCUUUCCAACAAAAACUCAAAAAAAGACGAGCCAAAAAAUUAACCCCACAUCCUUUUAUUUUUUAAUUACAAAACAUUGUCUGCCAUUCUACCUGUUGCAUGUUGUGGAGUUGUGUGGACAGAACUUUUAUCAUUUUACGAGAGAGCAGAUUCCUUGGCCUGUUUGUAACGGACACAUUGAACAUACAUCUGAAAAGGCCUUGUUUUUCAGAAAUAGACCUAAAAAUGCAGGCAGACACUCAUCCACUGAUUCAGUAGAUUGUGACAUGAACACUCUCAGACAUAAACACACACAUCUCACUCAUUACGGACAACAGCGCCUCUUCCCUAACAUUCAAGAUGAAUUGACACCUGUUCAAAUAUCCUUUUUUAGUGAAAAAUAAAAAAACAAACAAACAAAGAAAACAACAAAUCAACAAUGUAUUCAUCCACUGACAUUAUUUUACAGGCUUUAGUGGAAAACGAUAUGGCCAAACCACAUUUGUAUACACACACGUUUUAGUCAAGAAACUUCUCUCAGUGUACAGUGCAUUCAGUUGCUAAAAAUGGGAAUAUUUCUGACGGCAUUUUUUUUUUU